AUGCCACGGCUUGACCAGCUGCCCGAUGAGAUUCUGGCACGCAUCCUGCAGGUGCUCUUUGAUGAGACCAGCGACCCGACUGUCGACCCGAACGAGUAUCCGAUCGGCGACAGCAACGAAAAAGCCUUUCUGGAGACAGCCAUGCUGAGCCGGCGGCUCUACGAGCUGGGCGAAUCGGCAUUGUGCCGGCGCGCCUUCGUCAAGGUAGCCAAUGACAUCGACGAUGUGGUGGAGGCCCGGUACGGGCUCAUAACGCGCAAGCAGCGCACGCAUCUUGUGCAGCGCGUGGUACUAAAGCUCAGUGACCACCCGAGCCCCGUGACCGUAACCUCGGCGUUGCAUUCGGCCGGGCUUCUGCAGCGGCGGUGGCCGUCGGUGCGCUCCCUAGUGAUUGACUACCGCGGGGUGUUCCGCGACACACCUAAGCAGUAUCCCGAAAUCCACAGCAUGCAGCUGGCCGGGCUGCUACUGAAAUCCCUGCCCAAUGCCAUUGCGCUGCGGUACCAGGGCCAUGCGCGCGAGCACUAUCUGAAGCGCAUGCUGGGCAAGUUUGUCCGUGGCAGCAGGAGGUGUUUGCAGUCAGUGCAUCUGGAGACCACCGAGCUGAGUAUGUUUUCCCUGAACAUGUUCCGGCCCGGGCUGACAUUCCUGCGGAUUUCGGCCUACCGCGGACUGGCUGCCAGCGAGCUGCCCAAGGUGUGUGCGCGCACCCUUGAACAUCUGGCCAUUGCUGGGCUGCAGCCGGCGGACUUUUGGAGCCGGUUUUAUUUCGAUGGACAUGCGCUGGAGUUUGCCAAUCUGCAGACGCUAGAGCUGAACUUUAUCUCACCGCGUCCCACCGUGCCCCUGGGCCGGCCGCUGCUUGCCCACGCUGUGUUUCCCAGGCUGCGUGAUCUGGCAAUCAGCAACUACAAGUUCUCCAUCAACGGGCUUCUGGCCAUAUUCCCGCGGGCCCAGAUCCGCCAUCUGAAGGUCAUGGAGAAGAGCACUGGCGGCCAGGUCGACAUCCUCCCAUUCGUCGGUCUGCAGACAUUGGUGUUGAAUGAUUGGCACAACAAGGAGCUCGAGCGGAUGCUGGAACUUCCUACCUUUGUGCAUCCGUUUCUGGAUGCUCCCCCCGGUCUGCGCGCGUUGACUCUGUUUACUCUGCGCACCUGCAGUGUCCAGACAUUGCGUUCGCGCGGACUGCAGCGACUCACAUACCUGCACUUGCUGUGCUACGACAGGAUCUCCACAGUUGAUGAGCUGGCGACUAUUGACGAUUUCAUAGCCGAUGGCCGCUAUGCGCCGGUGCACCCGGGGAUUACGCGCCUGGACAUCACCGGGUACCAGCCCGAGAUUGAGGACUGCGAGGGGUUUGUUGAGCAGUUGGUGUGUCUGAUGGCGGGCCUGCCCAGCCUCGAAUGUAUGUCGUUGAAUGGCCUGCAGGACCACUAUACCCAUGCCAUCCGCGAAACCAUCACCAUGCAUCUGCACGACACCCACAUCGCCCCGUACAUCGCCCACCUGCACAACGUGUAUAUCCAGGAGAUCACCGAAUAAAAAAUAUGCCAGUUAUAUAUAAAUAUCGAAC